GGCCUUGCUUGUUGAUAAAACGUAUUCCAAUCGGCCUAAAAGUAUAAUUCUUGAGCAGGGCUUUAACACGCAAAGACAACCGUUGCAAAUUUGCAAGGCUUGGCAAACGAGGACAAAGGGCGUGUUUAUCCAUGGUCUACAAGCUAGAAGUGUACUCCGGGUAUUCCGAAGAAACGCUAGGAUUCUAAACAGCGGUGAAAACUCUAACAAACGCAGCAGCUUUUUCGAAAUUUCAUCAAGCCUGAGCAAAAAGACAGUGCAGAUAAAUCAAACAAGGUUGAAAUUUGCAAACUUAAUCAGUGCAGAGACAACAGCGAGUGCAAAUCAGAGUAAUGGCGCACACAGAACGGCAAGAAAGUCAAUCUAGACGAGUGGUGCGAACUUCCAUGUUCUCGACCACAACUAGAACAACUUCUGUACGACGUGUGAGCAGUGAACGCAGAGAGGUCAAAAUGGAAAUUAAAGGCUCGCCUUUUCCGGCGCAAGAAGUUAAUUUGUUUACUCGACAUGUCUUUGACUCCAGCACGGAAUCUAUGCGUUGGCAAAGUGGCAGCAACAAUAGCAUCGACUUCAACUCUUUUGAUCGGCGAUCACUCCCAUUCAACACCUCUGGAGUCGGCAGAACGCAAACUGAAGCCCGAGGUAUGACUGAAAAUGGUUCAAAGUCUUCCGGUCGUGACUACGAACCCCCUAUGGAGGCAGUCGUCAAAGAAAAAUCUGAUAUUCAGACACCGGAGUGGAUGGAAGAGAAGCAAUCACCCGAGCCAAAGCGUAAGAUCUAUGACACCGCACUAAUCGAUCUUUUGUUGAAAUAUCCGUUGGAUAAUUCUCCUAAUGCAAGCAUUCUGGACCCGAAGAAGACAAAAUACGAGAGUCGAAUCCGCCCUGAAGUCGCCAAACGGGAGAAAGCAGCUAUUCCUAUUCUAAGCCUUGAUGAUUUUGACAAAAAAGAUGACAAUGAUGACGAUGAUGAUUACGAUGAAUUCGAGGAGGUGAUUGUGGUUAUGGAUGUGCAAAGAAAACCGAUUUGGCGAAAGGGAUUGGAAAAACCGAAACCACAGCCUUUUAAAGUCGGGACUCGCGUCGAGGAUCUUCUUCAGCUCCCCGCAGCCAUGCCAAAAGUGAAGUCAUACAACGACACUGACAAGUCGUCUGUUGAUGAGAAAAUUGAGAGUGUGGAACGCCCGCCAGUGGUUCAUGAGGGACUGGACCUGGAAGGUAUCCUCGAGAACCUGUGACCUGUGCAAAGUGUGCUACAGUACAGUGCACGAGAGAAGAGGCAUAUUUUCAGAUUUGAAUGAUUUAUACUUAAUUCGAUUUGAUGAAUUAAGCAGCGGCUUUUUUCUAAAAAAAAUUUCAAUAAGUCCACAUGAAACAGUUUUUCGAGACAUUGAUUUUAUUUUUUGAAGUUUCAGUGCGUCGCCUUUUUAAGUUGUCGAACCCUUAACAGAAAUAUUGUGUCACCUCAAAAAGAAACAGCAACAAAACAUAAUAACCAUAGCUGCAAAAUACUGGAACAGGAACCACAAACUGAAACUGAAACUAAGCUCUUUUAUUUUGGUCUUUUUUCUAUGUUUUUACCAUUUGUUAACUGUUAUUUUUCAUGUUUUCAUCUUUAUCUUUCCUGUUACAUUUUUCAUUACAAAUCAAUAUGACACAAGUAACGUUUAGUAACAGUACAGUUUCGUUAUGUUAUUUAUUAUUCAGGCAGUGCUAACUUGUCACCAUACUGAUCAAGUGAUAAAAAUG